AGGUGACCAGCUGCGAUAACGUCGUUGGGGUCGCGCAUGCGUGCUUAGGCAAUAUUAGGCAAGGUGCGCGCGGAGAGGCAGUGCGCACGCGUGGCAUAGCAGUGACCGCAGCUUCCUAAUGGAUAGCUCAGUAUUUGGCAGCGCCCCCUCCAUCGGCACCGACACAUAGCGAGACUAGAGUGUGGUGGGUGCCUUGGGACUGGCCACGUCGGCCGGGCCUCAGCCAGUCAGGAGGACCAGGAAAAUAGGAGGGGGGGGGGGGAGAAGAGUGAGUAGGAGGGAUCGUUCUGGAAGGAAAGUUUUAAACGCCGCCUUCUCCCUCUUCCCCCCUCCUCAAGUUUGGAGACGGAGAAAAAAACUGUAAUUACUUCAGUUUAAUCAAUUAUUAAACAAAAGACAUUAUUGACAGAAACAGGUUACGUGAAUGGGCUGAGGAAGUAUGUGGCCGUUGCUUCCAGCAGCUAAAGAUUGAAUACAUUUCUAUCUUCCCUUUGGGUACCCUCUACAGGAGAAUAUCAGUUUUCGUUGCACAUGUUUGAUGGACAAACAGAGCAGCACAUGUUUGAGCCUCAUCUCUGUGAUGACGACAUUAAUAUGAGACAGUCAUUUAUUUCUAACAAAAUAGUGCUGACUACUUUCAGCUAGUUCUUUAUAUUAUCUUCACACAGAUCAAGUGGUUGCAGCAGUUUGAACUUAUUACUGUGAUCUUAAUGUCGGCAACUUUCAGGCAGAUCCUAUGAUUAUACAUCUAGACUUAAUGUGAAUGCAUAUGAUAAACAGGAGGUGUUAACGUUAGUUAGGGACCUUCAAGUGAAUAAUGUUGUCAGCUGUUGCAAAAAUCUGAUUAACAACUCUUCAUUUGUUGCUGGAAUGGCCCAGGAGGGCUCCCAGAUCCCCCCUCAAGUUUAUAGCAAUGCUGACAGAGAACUUGAUUUAUCAACCAAGAUUUUCCCUGGAGAAGGGAAUAAACCCUAUCUGGUGAAAGCUGAGAAUAUGAUGGCAAAACGGUAUUUGAAAACAAGAGAACAAGCAUUUUAUGAAGACAGUAAAGGAAUUAUUGGAAUGGGAGGAGAUGCAGAUGACUCUGACUCAGAUGAUCAAGACUCCUAUAAUCAGGAGCAAAUCAUUGUUGAAGUGAACCUUAAUAAUCAGACUUUACAUGUGUCCAAAGGGACAGAAGGUGUAGCUUCACAUUCUGAAAAAUCAGCCAUGGUUGAUUCAAGUGAUGCAGAAAAUGAAGGGGGUGAUGAUGAUGAGGAUGAUGAUGUUGACAUAGAAGAUGGUGGACAUGAUGAAGAAAUAGAAGAUAUCAAACAAGGCAAACCUAAGGAAAUAACCAGAUUGAAAACAACAGAAACAACUUUUUUAAGAGGAAGUACAAGGAUUCAGCUGCCUGAACAGAGAAAGAAAAAUAUUAAGAUUUCUAGACCUCCAACACAGAAAGAAAAGCAGAUUGAAGAAAAGCAGAAUCUCACCUGUGAAAAAUGUCCCAGAGUCUUCAAUAAUCGUUGGUAUCUUGAAAAACACAUGACAGUCACUCACAGUCGAAUGCAGAUAUGUGAUAAGUGUGGGAAAAAAUUUGUGUUGGAAAGUGAACUUGUUCUUCAUCAGCAAACUGAGUGUGAAAAGAAUAUUCAGUGUGUUUCCUGUGGAAAAUGUUUCAAGAAACUGUGGUCUCUGCAUGAACAUAUCAAAGUUGUCCAUGGCUUUGCUGAAAAGAAAUUCUCCUGUGAGAUUUGUGAGAAGAAAUUCUACACAAUGGCUCAUGUUCGAAAACACAUGGUUGCACAUACAAAGGACAUGCCAUUCACCUGUGAAACAUGUGGAAAGUCUUUCAAACGCAGUAUGUCUUUGAAGGUCCAUUCUCUUCAACAUUCAGGAGAAAAACCUUUCAAAUGUGAGAACUGUGAUGAACGAUUUCAAUACAAGUAUCAACUUCGUUCUCACAUGAGUAUUCAUAUCGGUCAUAAACAAUUUAUGUGCCAGUGGUGUGGCAAGGAUUUUAAUAUGAAACAGUAUUUUGAUGAGCAUAUGAAGACUCACACUGAUCUAUGGAAAACAGGUUGUGCAACGAUACAGCGCUGGCCAGUACCAAAUGGUGAAAUAGAGCCAAUCAAUGAACCUGCCAACUCCAAGUAUUCCUCUUUAGCUGUUUAAAGCGCCAUCUGCUUCACGUGUGGUCAAGAAUCAUUUUUGGGAGAUUGUGAUUGGUAAAUCGUGCUAACUCUUAUAGUGUAAAGGUAGCUUGCCGAACACCACUUCUACCCCGACCAACAUUUAGAUUCCAAUCUGAAUCCUUAUCAACAUAAUUUUUGCUGUUGUGAUCGUCCUCAUCUUCGCUUUGCCAUUUCUUCACAUGCUGCUACCAUCAUUCCAUCCAUGUCAACUCGCUGCCAUCGUCAACAUCCGAUAGACAUUAGUUUAUCUCCAUUAAUGACAUAUGGCGCAAUUUCUAUGAGUCUGAAGACGGUGAAGCCUUGAAUUCUAAUCCUGCUGAGAAACAGAAACUAGAGACAGUGCGUCAAAUCGAUAGGACAUACCUGGGGUACGAUUUUAUUCCAUUCCCGUCAGAUCUGCGACGCCCCAUGCGUCUUAUUUGUAAUACUGUACUGUCUAAUGAAGCCAUGAAACCAUCAAGAUUGCAGGAACACUUCUGUAAAAGACGCCCUGAAAAGGUUAUUCAUGGUAUUACUGUACUCAGUUCCAGAAGAUGAAAGAACCAUUUGAAAAGCCGUGCACACUUGAGUCAUUUGCCAGGAAAGCUUAAAAAGUGGUGUCACUGCUUCUGAUAGUAGUUCCAAAAUGAUAGUAAAGUGUGGAAAAUCUCAUACAAUUGGUGAAAGAUUAAUAAUGCCUGCUGUAUCAGAAGUGCUCAGUACUGUUCUCAAAAUUAAUGCCAGUAGUUUAAAAUCAAUUCUUCUGAGUAAUAACUCUAGUUCAUCAUAUUGACAAAAUGGGUGAAGACCUUGAGUAUCAGCUAUGCACAGAGCUACAAAAAACAGAAUUUGGGAUACAACUGGAUGAGUUAACUGUGUGAGACAAUGAAGCAUUGCUAAUAGUGUAUGUACAGUUUAUCAAAAAUGGAAAAAUUUAUGAAGAAAUUCUCUUUUGUAAGAAGUUAAAAACAAAUAUUACUGCAGAAAAAAAAUCUAUGACAAGCUUGAAUCUAAGGGGGGACCAAUAUUCUUCCAGGCAGAUUUACUAGAGUUGUUGGGAGUAGUUUAAACUAAUAUGGUGGGGAAUGGGAACCAGUGUGAUAGAGCCAAGGAUGAGCCAGCAGGUUUACAAGUAGAUGAUGGAUGUGACACAAAUGUAAGGAAGGACAAGCCAAUGAUUGGGUACAAAUACAGACAGAACAAAGAGUUAAAUUGUACCACAAACACAAAAUUCAAAAGGACAAAGAAUAUAGGGCUAAAGAUAUUUAAAUGCGCAUAGCAUUCGGAAUAAGGUGGACGAACACAGUGUGAUUAGGGAUUGGUCAGUAUGACGAUUUGGGCGUCACUGAGUUGUGGCUGAAAGAAGGUCAUGGUUGGGAGCUUAACAUCAAAGGAUAUAUUUUCUAUCAAAAUGACAGGCAGGAAGGCAUAGGCGGCGGUGUAGCUCUGUUGGUAAGAGAUGGAAUUAUAUCUUUAGAAAGAGGUGACAUAGGGUCAGAGAAUGUUGAAUCUUUGUAGGUGAAGUUAAGAAGCUGCAAGUGUAAAAACAGCAUUAUGGGAAUCAUAUCCAAAUAGUAGCCAAUAUGUGGAGUUGAGAUUGCAAAGGGAGCUGGAAAAGGCAUGUAAUAAGGGUAAUGACACAGUUGUAAUGGGGGACUUCAAUAUGAAAGAGGAUUGGGAAAAUCAGGUUAGAAACAUAGAAAACCUACAGCACAAUACAGGCCAAACUUGUCCCUACCUUUGAAAUUACUAGGCUUACCCAUAGCCCUCUAUUUUACUAAGUUCCAUGUACCUAUCCAAAAGUCUUUUAAAAGACCCUAUUGUAUCCCCCUCCACUGCUGUUGCUGGCAGUCCAUUUCACACACUCACCACUCUCUGUGUAAAAAAACUUACCCCAGACAUCUCCUCUGUACCUGCUCUCCAGCACCUUAAACCUGUGUCCUCUUGUGGCAACCAUUUCAGCCCUGGGUAAAAGUCUCUGACUAUCCACACGAUCAAUGCCUCUCAUCAUCUUAUGCACAUCUAUCAGGUUACCUCUCAUCCUCCGUCACUCCAAGGAGAAAAGGCCGAGUUCACUCAACCUAUUCUCAUAGGGCAUGCUCCCCAAUUCAGGCAACCCAAUUCAGAGAUUUUUAUGAAUCUCUUCUGCAUCCUUUCAUGGCUUCCACAUCCUUCCUGUAGUGAGGUGAUCAGAAAUGAGCACAAUACUCCAAGUGGGGUCUGAUCAGGGUCCUAUGUAGCUGCUACAUAUUUCCUCUCGGCUCUUAAACUCAAUCCCACGAUUGAUGAAGGCCAAUACACCGUAUGCCUUCUUCACCACAGAGUCAACCUGCGCAACUGCUUUGAGCGUCCUAUGGACUCAGACCCCAAGAUCCCUCUGAUCCUCCACGCUGCCAAGAGUCUUUCCAUUAAUACUAUAUUCUGCCAUCAUAUUUGACCUAGCAAAAUGAACCACCUCACACUUAUCUGGGUUAAAUUCUAUCUGCCGCUUCUCAGCCUAGUUUUGCAUCCUAUCAAUGUCCUGCUGUAACCUCUGACAGCCCUCCACACUAUCCACAACACCUCCAACCUUUGUGUCAUCAGCAAACUUACUAACCCAUUCCUCCAUUUCCUCAACCAGGUCAUUUAUAAAAAUCACAAACAGUAAGGGUUCCAGAACAGAUCCCUGAGGGUGUUGGAUCGCAAGAGAGGGAAUUGGUUGAACAUCUACAAGAUGGCUUUUUAGAGCAGCUUGUGCUUGAGUCUACUCAGGGAAAGGCCAUCUUAGAUUGGAUGUUUGUAAUAACCCUAUACUUAUUAGGGAGCUUAACGUAAAAGAACCCUUAGGAGGCAGUGAUCAUAAUAUGAUUGAAUUCAUACUGCAGUUUGAGAGGGAGAAGCUUAACUCACAUGUGUUAAUAUCGCAAUGAAAUAAAGGAAAUUACAGAGACAUGAGAGAGGAGCUUGCUCAGGUGCAUUGGAGGAGGAUACUGGCAGGGAUGAUAGCAAAGCAAAGAUGGCUGAAGUUUCUGGGAAUAGUUCACAAGGUGUAAGAUAGAUAUGUCCCACAGAGGAAGAAGUUCUCAAAUGGCAGGGAUAGGUAUCCAAGGCUGACAAGGGAAGUUAAGGACUGCAUAAAAGGAAGGGGCAUAUAAGGUAGCAAGAGUGAGUGGGAAAUUGGAUGAUUGGGAAGUUUUUAAAAUCCAACAGAAUGCGACUAAAAAAGCUAUAAAAAGGGAAAAGAUGAAAUAUGAGAGCAAACUAGCCAAUAAUAUAAAGCAGGACACUAAAAGUCUUUUUCAGUUACAUAAAGCGUAAAAGGAAGGUGAGAGUUGAUAUUGGACCACUGGAAAAUGACACUGGUGAGGUAGUAAUGGGGGACACAGACAUGGUAGAUGAACCUAAUAAGUACUUUGCAUCUGCCUUCACUGUGGAAAACACUAGCAGUGUGCCAGAGGUCCAUGAGUGCCAGGGAGCAGGAGUGAGUGCCAUUGUUACCAUUGCUAUUACAAAGGAAAAAGUGCUAGGCAAUCUGAAAGGCCUUAAGGUGGAUAAGUCACCUGGACCAGAUGGACUACAUCCCAGAGUCCAGAGAGAGGUUGCUGAAGAGAUAGCAGAUGCUUUGGUCAUGAUCUUUCAAGAAUCACUUGAUUCUGGCAUGGUCCUGGAGGACUAGAAUAUUGCAAAUGUCUAAACUAUUAUCUAAAAGGGGAGAAGGUUCAAACCUCAGAGGGGUAGAGGGACUUAGAAGUCUUUGUGCAAGACUCCCAGAGGGUUAAUUUACAGGUUGAGUCUGUGGUAAAGAAGGCAAUUGGCAUUUAUUUCAAGGCGAAUAGAAUAUAAAAGCAAGGAGAUAAUGCUGAGGCUUUAUAAGACACUAGUCAGGCCACUUUUGGAGUAUUGUCAACAGUUGUCGGCCCCAUAUCUCAGAAAGAAUGUGUUGUCCUUGGAGAGAGUCCAGAGGAGGUUCAUAAGGAUGAUUCAGGGAAUGAAGGUGUUAACGUGUAAGGAGCGCUUGGCAGCUUUGGACCUGUACUCGCUGAAAUUUAGAAGAAUGCAGGGGGAUCUCAUUGAAGCCUCCCGAACAUUGGAAGGUUAGAUUGGGUGGAUGUGGAGAGGAUGUUUCCUAUGGUGAGGAUAUCCAGAACUAGAGAGCACAACCUCAAAAUUGAGAGGCAACCCUUUAGAAUAGAGGUAAGGUGGACUUUUUUUAGCCAGAGUCAAUCUGUAGAAUGCUUUUACACAGACUGCAGAGGAGGCCAAGUCUGUAUGUAUAUUUAAGGUUGAAGUUGAUAGAUACCUGGUUGGUCAAGGCAUUAAAGGAUAUAACAAGAAGGCAGGUGUAUGGGGUUGAGUGGGAUCCGGGAUCAGCCACGAUGGAAUGGUGAUCCAGACUUGGUGGGCUGAAUAGCCUAAUUCUGCACCUAUGUCUUAUGGUCUAAAAUGUAUAUUGAGGAUAAAAGUAUUCCGAUUAGGAACAUGAUUUCUUGUGCAAUAGAUGGAGCACCAUAUUAUGACAGGUCUCCAUGCUGGUUUAGUGGCAUUUAUGAAAAAAGUAAUUCUAAGUCUGUUUACAAUACAUCAUCAACAUCUCACAGUCAAACUCAGCUAGUGAUUUUUUUCAAGCAUAACUACUGUAAUAUCUGCUAUCAACAAAAUUAAAGUUUGUCUUAUAAAUUGCAGAAUAUUUCACUGGUUAUGCCAAGUUAACAAUGAAGAGUUUGAAUUCUUGCUUCUUUGCACUGAAAUGUCCUGGCUGUUAAAAGGCUACUACUUAAAAUGCUUCCUUGAUCUUUUUAACACUGCUAAAUUUUUGCUCAAAGUCGACAAGAGCUUGGGAAACAAGAUUGAACUUUUACUUGGAGAUGUGGCAUACCCAGCCGAUCUGUAUGACAAAACAAACAUUCGAAAUAUGAAACUGCAGAUUGAGAAUUUCAAUUUAAUCUAGGCAAAAAUUUCAGUGUCCUUUUUUAUCAGAACAUUAGAAAUGCAUAAGUAAAUCAUUGGGAGAAGAAUGUUUUCACAGUUUCCCUGCAUGGAAAAUAUGACACUCUCUUUCACAGACAGUGAUUUGCAAGAGUACUACUUACACCUGCAGUCACUGAAGAAGGAUUUUCAGAACCGACUCAAGGAUUUGAACAGUCUGAAAAUUCUGGACUGGGUAAUUAACCCAUUUCUUUGCAAUAUGGAAGAGCCAAGCUGCUCUUCAUUGCAUUUACAUCCUCCUACCUUGUUGAAAGAGGCUUUAAUGCAAUGAACCACAUAUUUAGCAUAAACAGAAACCACUUCAACAUUGUUAUGCUUGGGGACUUGAGGCUUUUGCUGUCACAACUUGAACUAGGCAUUUCAACUCUUGGAGAAGUUGUGGAGGAAGAUGUUAGUAAGACCUCAUUCAAAGUCAGGAAUCAGAAGGUUGAUCAUGGUGCGAUUGGUGUCCCGAGCUGCCUGCAUUUCAAUGCAAGAAGUAUGCAAGAAAGGAGGAUGAGCUCAGGGCAUGGAUCAACACCUGGAAUUAUGACAUUGUAGCCAUUAGUGAGACCUGGUUGUAGGAAGGGCAGAACUGGUAGCUCAAUAUUCUGAGGUUCUGUUGUUUCAGAUGUGACACAGCAGGAGGGAUUAAAGGAAGGGGGUGGUAUUACUAGUCAGGGAGAAUGUCACAGUACUGGUCCGUCAGGAAAGACUGGGGAACUUGAAUAGAGAUAUGUUAUGGGUAGAACUGAGAAAUAAGAAAGGUAUGACCAUGUUAAUAGGGCUAUAUUGCAGACCUCCCAAGGGAUUUAGGGGAACAAAUUUGUAAAGAGAUCACAGACUGUUGCAUGAAACAUAAGGUUGUUAUAGUACAAACAAGAGAAAAUCUGCAUAUUCUGGAAAUCCAAGCAACACACACAAAAUGCUGGAGGAACUCAAUAGGCCAGGCAGAAUCUAUGGAAAAGAGUACAAUCGAUGUUUCAGGCCGAGACCCUUCAGCAGGACUGAAGAAAAAAAAAAAGAUGAGGUUUAGGAGAGGACAGAAGACCAUGGAAGAAAGAAAAGGGAGAGGAGCACCAAAGGGAGGUGAUGGGCAGGCAAGGAGAUAAUGUGAGAGAGGGAAAUGGGGAUGGGAAAUGGUGAAGGGGUGAACCCAUAAACACUACCACACUUUUUAAAAAUAUACAUUACUUCAAUUUUUGCACUAGUUUUAAUCUACUGAAAAUACAUAUAUAAACUUAGUGCAAUCGAUUUACAGAAUUUUGUCUUCUUUCAAUAUUAUCAUGUAUUUCAUUGUAUUGCUGCUGCAAAGUUAACAGAUUUCAGGACACAUGCCAGUAAUAAUAAACCUGAUUCUGAUUCUGAA